AUGGGAAACUUUUUCAUAUUCUAAAGUUUAAGAUAAAGAAAUGGCAUGGUAAAAUUGGUAGAAAAAGGAUUGAGACCUUAGAGGAAUUAAGAAGGUGAAAAUAACAUAAAUCUGCAAGUAGUUCGAGCAUUAAGCUACAUGUUUGGUAGAUUAGACUUAAGAAGAAAUGGAUAUAGACCAUAGAAUUCUCCAGACAAGGAAAGUGAUCCUUAAAUACUCAGAAAUUACUUCUUCUAUUUCUUAUUCGGAUUGACCUGCCUAAUACUUGAUGAGAAGAAAACUCUUUGCUCUACUGAUUAAUAGAAAGGAUAGCUUUUGGGAUAUAGGCUUGACACCUUUGUAUGUAAUCAGUUUGACAGAGGAAAUUAGGCUUGGAGAACCGAAUUGAAACAAAUCAAAGAAAGCUCUUUUCAUUACUAUAAGGCAGUGGGAAAGCAUCCUCAUCAAAAUUUAUUGGCUAAUCUUAAUUGA